AUGGCGGACCGAUUCCCGAGUUUAGAUGAGUUCGAUGCUGGCCAAUUCGAGGCGCGUGGCGACAGCAAUAUCGAUCUCGUUGGUGAAGACGGUGGCGAUCUCGACUUCGAGGCUAGAGAGCGUGCAGUACUCGGCGAUGCCGCAGACGAGUUCGCGACCGGAAAUGACAAGCUGGCCACAGUUGAGGAUGGUGACGACGACCUGCUCGGCGGAGACUCGUCUUUCCAGGCAAACACCGGCAACGAGGAGAUGAUGGGCUUUGAGAGCUCUUUCCCGGCAAUUGACACAACAAACGAGCAUAUGGCACCCGGUGGCACCAUCACAGGCUCAACUCUCCCCUUCCUCCCCGGCCAACCGCAACCCUCCUUCACCCCAGCGCGAUCAGAUUCACCCGAGCCCGACGUCAUCCGUGAAUGGCGCGAACGCCGCGACCUGCAGAUCCAGCACCGGGACGAAGUCUCAGCCGAGCGCAAGAACAAGACCAUCGACGAAGCACGGCAGAACAUUGACGACUUCUACGAGAAUUACAACAACAAAAAGGACAAAGAGGUAGCGAAGACACGAAAAGAGGCCGAGGAGUUCCUUGCCAGCCGCGACGACACAACUGCUGGCGGAACCAGCUGGGAGCGCAUCGCGAAGCUGGUGGACCUGAGCGGCAAGGGUGUGAAGGGCGGUGCGUCGGGAAGCGAGAAGCAGCGGUUCCGGGAAAUUCUUCUGAGCUUGAGGAAAGACGAGAAGGCUCCCGGCGCUACUGGGUACUAG